CCUAGUCCUCGCCGGCUCCCCUCGGCUCCGUGACCUACGAACUGUAGCCAUGACGGGUCGCGGUACGGCUAGCCGCUUCCUGACCAGCGUCCUCCACAACGGCCUCGGCCGCUACGUGCAGCAGCUGCAGCGGCUCAGCUUCACGCUCAGCCGCGACUCGCCCUCGUCCCGCGGUGCAAGGGAGUUCGUGGAACGGGAGGUGACGGACUUCGCCCGACGGAACCCAGGGGUCGUAAUCUAUGUGAACCCGCGGCCCUGUAACGUCCCGAGAGUGGUGGCAGAAUACCUGAACGGAGCCGUGCGCGAGGAGAGCAUUCACUGCAAGUCCGCGGAGGAGAUUGCGACGCUGGUGCAGAAGCUUGCCGACCAGUCGGGCUUGGACGUGAUCCGCAUCCGCAAGCCCUUCCACACGGACAGCCCCAGCAUCCAGGGCCAGUGGCACCCCUUCACCAACAAGCCCACCUUGCUGGAGGUGCGGCGGCCACGAGAGGCCCAGAACCCCGCACAGUGAGCAUGGCCGCAGGCGUGCACCGCUCUCGUUGCACUUGGAGUCCCUGAUUGGCCUGCUGAAAUAGGAGACUUGAAGAACUUCAAGGGUUUUUCAAAGGAUCCUUGUUUUCUGAAAUCUGAAUUGAUGCUGGUGCUGCUCUCCAGCCACUGUCAGGGGCUUCAGGCUGGCACCUGAAGACACUGUGGUGCCGAGUUGCUCCAUCCGUGGACCCAGGAUGUUGUCUGCCAUCUCCUUGGCAGCUAUUUGGGCUGGGCACUUUGUACAGACUCUGACCCUUUGUGAAGAUUUUAGUGCGGUUCAUAAACAUACCCCAGAUCACA